UGAAAGAAAGUGCCCAAAGUCCAUCUAAAACCAGAAAACAGGUCAAUCUGUCCAAACCAUCUGGUUCGAGCUUGUUUAGAUGGAAGAGGGUGGUAAAAAUGUAAAUGCACUUUCACACUAUAGUUUCCCAACUCACUUCCCACCUAAAUCCUCCCAUUUCGCCUGUCUAUAUUUUUCUCCCCUGACCUGAGGUGCAUUUAACAAAACCGGCAAACUACCUGGUUCGUUUACACAAGGGGCGGUUCUUCCCUUUAUAUCUUUCCCUCCCCUCAGCGCCUCCAAUAUCGCUUCUUACUCUUAUUACGGUGCUCUUUCCUUAUCGCCGGCGCCUGGGAAUACCGACGCGUGCGCUGGACGCGACCUGGACCGGCGACACGCAUCGCUUCCCGCAGCAUGCCUUCACGGACAUCCGCGACACUGUCCUCCGGUCCAUAAUCGAUGCUGUCGCCGUGUUCUGCUUAUCGAGCGCUGCGAGAAGCCAGACUCAGCAUAACCGCUGCAAUGUAACGGAUCAGCGCAUUUAUUCAGAAAGUCAAAACAAUUACGCGGAUUAAAACGCCUCAGGACACGAUGAAGAGAAAGCGAUAACUAUGAAGUUCGCUGGCCAUGUCUAAGGUUGCAGUAAAGAAGCUGCACUGGCGCUCUAAAGUGCAGGAGAUCUUCGUACCGCUGGUGGGCAGCUCUGGAGAGUUGGGAAUUGCCAUCGGAGGCGGGGCUGAUUAUGGAGAGUUCCCAUUCGUCACCGCAGCACCAGGGGGAGGGAUCACAGUUGGCGAUAUCAUCUUAGAAAUCGGUGGAACUCCUGUUUUGGGCCUGACUUUAGGAGAUGUGCGUGGGCUCUUAAACUCCUGCCCCCAUCCAAUCCGCAUCAAGACAGUAUCUCCAGGCUCAACUCUAUGCAAGGAUCUAAGGUUAUAUCUGAGCAAAUGUUUCACACCGGGUUCAAUGGACAGUCAACUCCAGCAGGUGAUCCGAGAAAACCUCUACUUGAGAGCCGUGCCCUGUACAACUAGACAGCCACGAGACGGCGAGAUCACGGGAGUCGACUAUAACUUUGUCUCCGUUGAGGAGUUCUUCUCGCUGGAGGAGUCGGGGGCGCUGUUGGAGAGCGGGAAGUUCAAAGGGAACUACUACGGAACUCCUCGUCCGGUUCACAUCAAUCCUGAUAGUCCUCCCAUCACCUACCAGGAGCACCGCAACCUGCUGAGAAACUUCCGCACACGUAGCAAGUCCCUCAGCAACCUGGAGAAAGCAGGCGAGGAGGGAGACAACAGCGAGGAGGACUCAGGUCUAUCAGGUGGUUCGGCCGGGGCGAGCAUUGCCCCCGCCCCCACAUCAUCCCCCAGCCAAUCACGAGAUUCAAGCGGAGGAGACGGCAGUGCCUUGGAGAAUGGGCUCGGACCCCGUAGAGGAGCACGGGUGACAGGGUCAGAAAACUGGGAGAUGAUGUACAGCGACUCAGGGAAUGCCUAUUACAAAGACCAUCAUCUAAAGCCAUCCUCUUGGCUUAAUCGCCGAGCUCACAGCAGAGACAAUAUCUGUAUGACUGAAUACAUUUCACAUUCAUGCAUUUGGCAGACACUUAAAGACUUACAAAGCAACUUACAGUGCAUUGAAGUGGCAGAGUUUACAGACCAGCCGAGUGAACUGAAAGGCUUCUCCGUUCACACUCGUCUGGUUAAGGGUUCACGAGGUUUCGGCUUCAACAUAGUGGGAGGCAGCAGGCGGAGGGAGUUCCUGCAGAUCUACAGCAUCACUCCCGGAGGACCUUCCACCCUUCACACAGCGGAUAUUCUGGUGUACAUCAAUGAUACCUGUGUGCUUGGCUUUUCUCACAAAGAGGUAGUGGAAAUGUUGAAAGCCAUUCCGGUGGGUCACACUGUGGACGUUGUUGUCCGAAGAGGCUACCCCAUGCUCUAUAACUCUGACGGCUGUCCGAAGAUGCCCAAUCCUAGGCUAACGGCAUCCCUAGACCAGUCACUGCACCUACCUCCACCAACCACCACCCAACCCCAGGCCCAGGCUCCUCUCCCAUACGCUCAGCUACACCUCAACCAUAACGGGCCCAUGUGGUCUGAUUUUGAGAGGGGAUCCUCAAGGAAUCUCAGAGUACGAGCAUCAAGGUUCAGUUUGGAUGCUAAUGGUAAUUCAUCUCCAUUUGCUUCUCCUUCAAGACAGCCAUCAUCUUACCAGUACUCUAACGGGUAUGGGAGUGGGUUCCUGAGACCACCACGCUCUGCCAGAAGCAUCAGGAGGUUACAAAGUGCAGAUUUGGCCAGCCAGAGUGACAGCGAGGUGGUGUCUGCAAUUGGAUCCCAUAGGGCCUCGUUUAUCCGUAACCACAACAACAACUCUCUGUCCACUCCGCCACCUCUCCGCCUGCACUCCUUCAAAUCUUCUGAGAGUGACCUUUCCUCGAGUACUCCACCACCCAUAUCUCGAUUGCCCCUACCCCACAAUGAAGUAAGUCCAGGCCCCGUCUCUUUCUCUCCUGGAGGAGGAAGGCACUACUCUCAUCUCCGUAAACCCCAGCAUUCAUUGCUAACCCCACCUAGCAGCGCCCAUUCAGACGGGCCUUACUUCACCUUCAACGGCACAGCCAGUGCCAGCAGCGGCAGCCCGAACAGCAGCAUUCCUUCACCUGGAGCCAUGAGUGCCGUGAUCGGGAGUGGAGUUGGAGGAAUGAUGGGUAGUGGGGAAUUAGUCCCUGUUGCUUUGGCUAAAUGUGAGAGGGGCAGCAAUAUGGGGUUCAGUGUCACGGCAGGAGGUCACGGAGGAAGACAGACCCUCGUGAAGAAAGUCUGGGACCACAGACAGUGUAUUGGACUGCAGCCUGGAGAUGCCAUUGUAAAGAUCAAUGGAGCAGAUGUACAGAGUCUCAGCUUUGCACAGGUCCAAAGGAUUUUGCAAGAACACACUAAAAAGGGGGAGGUUAUUCUACUGGUUUACAGAGGGGGCCCCUCACAUUUCUCCAAUUCGCCUAAUUCUGUGCGACGACUGACUCCUCCCCCUCCUCGCUCCGCCUCCGACUCUGAAGUCCCUCUCACUGACUCCAUGCCAUUAUCGCGCAGCUCUUUAACCCCGCCCUCUCCAGCGCUGGUACGCUCCUCAUUGGUCCAGAGCACCAGCUUCCUGGAUUCUGUUCCUGUCACUCUCACGCUAGAGCCACGCGAUUGGAUGAGUUCAGAGGAAGGAGGGACGGUACUCAGUCCCAGAGUAAAAACAGAGGAGAAAGAACAGCCCCCUGCGCUGAGGGGUUAUGAGGUGGAGCUGAAGAGGAAGCCAGGUGAAGGCUUUGGAUUUGUUAUCGCCUCUCAGGAUGUGGAGAAUGUCAAAGCAGCGUCUCUGCUGCCUCACAGGUUUGUGACAGUACGCAGAGGCAGCCCGGCGGCACGCAGCGGUCAGAUCAGGCCUGGAGAUCGUCUGGAGGCGGUGGACGGGAGAUCGGUGGUGAAUUUACCUCAUAGAGAGCUGGCACAGAUCCUGAGGAGAGCUGGAAACACACUCCGCUUGACCAUCGUACCUCGCGCCAGUGCUCAUUCCUCAGAGCGAGCAGAAAAUGACGCUGAUUAUAAGAACAGGAAAGCUCACAGGUCAAAACCAAAGCAGGACGCCACGCGGUAUUACAGUGUGGAACUGGAGAGGGGGCCCACUGGAUUCGGCUUCAGUCUGAGAGGAGGGAGUGAAUAUAACAUGGGCCUCUAUGUGCUGGGACUGAUGGAGGGAGGACCGGCCUCACGCAGCCACAAAAUACAGGUGAGUGAUCAGUUGGUGGAGAUCAAUGGAGACAGUACAGCAGGAAUGACUCACAGUCAGGCUGUGGAGCAGAUCAGGACCGGAGGAAGCAGGAUACAUCUCGUGUUCAAAAGAGGAAAUGGAUACGUCCCUGACUACGGUAAGACAACAGACCGUGAUCACGUCACAGCCGUCUCCUCCUCACCCCAGGCCCUGCAGUCGGGUUUGGCUACAGUGAGCCGUCGCCGAGCUCAACAGGAUGCCACAUCCAGCGUUCAAAAACCAGGGAAGACCAACCGAGAGCGGAUAGAACAGAGGGAGAGGGGAAGUGACGGAGGAGACCGCAAGAGCCCUGACAGUCUCGAGGGCGGCAGUCAGGGCAGGGGGCAGAGGCCGAGAGACGAAAGGAGGAGACGAAGGACACAGAGCUUGUCUAGAAACACAGGACAUAGUGAUGAAAACAUGGAGGGAAGGGUUGAAAGAGUUGGGAAAGAGAAGGAAAAAGGUAAUGAGAGAAGACAAGACAGGUCAAGACGGAGCAAGAGCGAGGAGAGGGUGAGACGGGUGGAGAGAAAGAGGGAAAAAGACGAAAGCAAGAACACACAAACUGUCAAUAACCAGAGACUUCCUGAGCCUAAACUGCAGUGGGAGGACGACAACGAGGAGGAGAACGAGUGGGAAAGAGAGACAGAACAGUGGAUGAGAGCGAGAGAAAGGCUGAAAGACAAAGAAUUGCAGAGGGAGGAGAGAAAAUCGCUUACUUCAGAGAGCGACAAGGAAUGGGAAAGAGAAAAGGAUGAGAAUAAGGAAGUGCUUGAGUGGGAGCUGAACAAAAAAACUGAACGAGGGAUUCCAGACGAAUUGAAUGUAGAGCGACAAAGUGAAAACAGAGCAGAAACGAGUUUCCGUAAUCGUCUGCCUUAUUUGGGCGUCCGUGUGUUGCCUUCGGAAAUUCAGCCCCGCCCACUUCAACCCUUAUCUGGCCUCUCAUUGGAGCAGCCAGUAGGGGACUCUGAAUUCAAUCGAACACCAUUUGCUUUCCUCACAUCUGCGCCGUCUGAAUACACAGAGUCCGAAUCAGGAGCUAGUGUGUCUGAGUGUAGCGUUUCUGCAGCCAGUAUUUCUGGUCUCUCAAUGUAUCUGAAUGAAAGCCUUAGCUUGAAAACCACACAAAGGGCCCCGGGGCCUCCACUUCCAGGCCCCUGGCUCAAACCCAGCUCACGUAGGCUCAUUAGAGAGGUUGAGAAAGGUGGAGGAACAGAAACAUGAUUUAAGUUGCAAAGGCAACCAUCACUAUUAUUAUUGCUUAUACUUAGGUUUAAAGUCGCGAUGAAACGGAAGUAGCGAACUUCAAACUUUCGUAUGUGUGGCGUAUAUCUGAUUGAAAUGGAUUUUUUCGAAAAGAAAGAAAUGUAGGAUGGGGACUUGGUAAAAUAUGUUGGUAGUUUAUUGGAUGGAGGCAGAUCUGAAUAUGAGUUUACAGCUGAUUGUAAGAAAGGGGCGGAGCUUAAGUGGACGAAAUCUAGUAUACCGAAAUUUUGCUAAUGUGACUGCACCUAAAGAGUAUGCUUUUUGACUUGGUCAGUAAGCAAUUUACAUAAAUGUACAUUUAGCAGGCACUUUAUCCAAGGUGACCUAAAAAUGAGGAAAAGAACAAGCAGUUCGUGCCAACAAUAUUCAUAGUACACAAUGCCAAGUUUACUGCAGAACCAUCCAGAACAUGCUUGGAAACACAAUUGCAGCCAUCCACAGCAAUGGAGCAUCAUGGUGGUGAGUUUUGCACAGGCAAACACCACUUAUAGGACAUUAUUAUUAUUAUUAUGGUUUGGUUUUUUCCUGCUCAUAGAAGCAGUUUUUGAACACUCCCACUCCAGCUUGCUCUCUCAAGCCUUUCUCUCUUCUUCUCUUCCACUUUGUCCUCCAUAAAGAAAGUCUGCAGUUACCAACACAACAUCUUUUACUUUUGUGCCAGACUGUUUGUAUAGUAUGUUGACUUUGUAUGCAACAAAACUAUCAUGUGAAGGGCCAAAUAUUAUAUUUAUCUUUCAUACUAGCUUGAGUCUAGUUUUAACCUUUAGCACAGCCGGUUUUCUCUUCAGUUCCACUAUUUGGAUUCUCUUAAAUCUUUAAAGUCUCCAUAUAAACCAGCAAAUAACUAUAUGGUGUAUUAUUACAUUGCAUUAGCUACUAAAUUAUAUACUAACAUUCAAAAGUUUGGGGGCUGUACUUUUUAUCUUUUGAUAUUUCUAGUCAUCAAUGCAUCUUGAAAAAAUAUAUAUAUAUGUCACUUUCCAGAAAAACAUUACACAGCACGUGUGUUUUCAACAUUGACAAUAGCAUCAAAUCAGCAUAUUAUGAUUUUUGAAAGAUCAUGUGACAUUGAAGACUGGAUUAAUGAUGCUGAAAAUUCAGUUUUGCAUCACAGGAAUAAAUUGCAUUUUAAAAUAUACUAAAAUAAAAGUAGGUUAUUUUAAAUUGCAAUAAUGUUUCACAGUAUUGCUGUUUUUACUGUAUUUUUGAUUAACCGUGCAGAGUAUGAGACUUCUCUAAAAGAAACGUUUAUAAAAUCUUACCGACCUCAAAACUUUUGAAUGAUAAUUUAGCCCAAGAUGUAAUGUUGGAAACAUUAACUUUGAAUAAUUUGUGCAACAUUAUGAAAUAAGCAUUAUCCCAAUCUCUGCUAAACAGCUUUUGAAGGAUGAUUGCGUUAUUUAGCAUUCUUGUGAAUGAUGUGUGUACAGUUUGUAAACACUGUUAAGAGGAGAUAUAUUUGUCACACUCCCAAGAGUUCCCCUGAAACCCUUAUGCUUUAUUUUUAUGCAUUUGUUCAUAAAUUAUUCUAUUUAUUUUGUGCCCUCUGGGUCUCUGACAUCUCAGGGAGCAGAUAUAUAAACUGUAAGAUAUUUUUUUGUACGCCCCCAUACACCCUCAAAGUGAGCCUUACUGCUGCCUCGGUAACAAAAGACUCCUCCUGUCUGCUGACCUUGGCCUCUGUGACCUCUGAAAUCUCAAUUAAGUUCAAAUUAAAUGUCACAUGAUUCAUAUUUUUAAAGGUUUUCCUUCUGGCAUGGUUGUAUGCCAUUUAAAAGGGAUAUAAUAUAUUGACCCAUAACACAUUUCUCGCAGCUAUCAAAGUAUGAUUAACACAAAUACAAAGAUUAACUCUCACUCCAACUUCUGCAAAGAGAAAUCACAGUAUAUAUGAAUUUCAGAUGAAGUAUCUGUGAAAACUUUAAAUGAGAUUUAACUAUGAAACAUGAAGUGUAAUUUAUAGAAAGAACAAAGUAAUACUUUAUGAAAUGGUUCUCGUACUGCUCUUGGCAGGUUUGACCUCGUCAACCAAAAAGGACUGAAUGUUUGUACUGAAAAUAUAAAUUGGAGUUUGCGAUACUGAGUGGCGUUGUGCCAAGCCUGCAAAACCUCUUUAGUUUAAUGCACCCAGGGUCUUUAUCUUUAUUGAUGAAAGCUUGCUAGUAAACAUGAGAGAGAGGUUGACUGUAUUAUGCUCUUGUUAACUGUAGCUUCUUAACUGUAGAUAUACUGAUGAUAUUUUAGCAUUUAACCUAAAAACUGUGCCUACUACUUAUUUUCCUUGAUUCAUUUUUUGCUGAUCAUUAAGUUCCUAAUCUGUCGUCAAACCAAAACACCACCCACAAUUGUUCAUUCUGUGUGUCAUACUCUCUACCAGAAUAUACGCACAUUUAAACUAUGCAUAAGAUGUUGCCAUUUUAACCCACAGCAGAUAAUUGGGACAGCAGUGUAAUCUGUGCAGCCCCAGCAGGCCUGGGAUCAGUGUGUUAAAGUCAGUCUGGUGUUGGUGGUCCACACAUCUUUAAACAUAUCAUAAUAUUCAGAGUAUGAGCCAAUGCCACAUAACAAGUCUACACUAACAAGUUCAACAUCUCUAUAUUUAUUACAUGUUCAAUCUGAAAGGUCCAUUUUAGAGUCUCACAUUGUCUUUAUGCCAUACUAAUGUCUAUGGCCAUAUGUACCAAUUGUAAAUAUAAAUAAAUAUAAAUAUAUUCUAAUUAUAUAUACAUAUAAUAUGUUUCUAUUAUGAUUAUAUUGUUAUAAUCCAUUGUAACCCAAAUGCAGGUAACAAAUUAUAUAAGAGUUAUAAUAAAGAUUCAUGUAUCU